UAUCAAAAAACGGGUAUGCUUUCUGCUACCUUCCUUCGCCUUUGGUGCGUGGCUUACUAUCUGGGAAGCCGAACAGCAGCAAACAUGUCAGAAGCCGGCGGCGAACCAAAGGUCGACACAGCCACUUCUUCUGCCAACAGGGAGAAGUCGUCAGAGACCAAGACCGGCUCGCAAAACAAGCUAGAGACAGCCAAACUCAAUAAAGAGGCGGGCGGAACGCUGGCUGGCGCGGGCGAUGAUCCCAACGUCGAAAAGGAGGUGUCACAAAGCGAGGUUUCGUAUAUGAAAAAGCUCCUUCGCUCAAAACUACUGGAAAGCAAAAAUGAGAUCGAAAUUCAGCGGUCAGAUCCUAACUCGCCACUUUACUCCGUUCAUACGUUUGAAGAGCUCAAAUUGCGCGAUGAAUUUCUUCGCGCCAUCUACAAAAUGAACUUUCAAAAACCGUCAAAAAUCCAAGAAACAGCUCUUCCAACUCUUAUGGCGGAUCCUCCCAUCAAUAUGAUUGCGCAGUCACAAUCCGGUACAGGGAAGACCGCUACAUUUCUGUUGGCGUCAUUGAGUCGAGUGGAUGAAAAUUUGCGUCACCCACAGAUACUCAUUUUGAACCCGACUUUUGAGCUGGCCAAACAAACCGCUGACGUCUGUCGUCAGAUGCUGCAGUUUUGCCCAAAAAUUGAGGUCAAAUUUGCAGUACGCGGACAGGUGAUGCCUGAGGGAACGGUGAUUACCGAACAGAUUGUGAUAGGAACUCCAGGAAAAAUGAUCGACUGGGCGUGGCGAUUAAAAUUUUUUGACGUCUCUAAGAUCAAGGUGUUCGUACUUGAUGAAGCGGACGUAAUGAUUUCGGAGACAGGACAUCACGACCAAAGCAUUCGCUUACAUAGUCGCCUUUCCCCUUCGUGCCAAAUGAUGCUGUUUUCCGCUACGUAUAACGAUGAAGUUAUGAAAUUCGCGGAUAUGAUCAUUCCUGAACCUUGUAUUAAGAUCACAUUGAAACGUGAAGAAGAGUCUUUGGAAAACAUCCGUCAGUUUGUUAUGCAUACACCUACAGAAGACGAUAAGAUGCGGGCUCUUGAGAAUAUCUAUUCUACGCUGCCAGUCGGUCAGGCCGUUAUUUUCUGUCAAACAAAAAUGUCAGCUGUGAAAAUCACCAGAUCGAUGAAGGAGUUAGAUCAGAAUGUAUGUCUCCUAAUGGGUGAUCUUGCGAUGGAGGAACGAGUUGAAGCGAUCGAGCGAUUCCGCAACGGUCUCGAAAAAGUAAUGGUCACCACGAAUUUAUGCGCCAGAGGAAUCGACAUUGAGCAGGUAUCCCUGGUCGUCAAUUACGACCUGCCGCUUAACCGUGAAGGUCAGCCGGACUUCGAGACAUACCUCCAUCGAAUUGGACGUACGGGCCGCUUCGGUAAAACCGGCGUCGCAAUUAAUUUCAUUAACCCGGACGACCUCAAAGAAAAGGAGCAUGUUGCCGCUAUCGAAGAUCACUUCAAAAGAAAGAUACUUUUUAUCGACUUUGAGGAUGUUGAUGUACUCCAAAGUCUUUCGUCAGAUGAUUAACUUCUUCAGUAUAAACACAAGGACAUCGCAUUCAUCUACCAAGUGUGUCCUUAUACUUCCAACUGCUGAACGAUUACAAUAGUUACCCUGAUUUAUAUUGCACCUAGUUUAACGAAAUGAACGUUUGAUUUAUAUGUAUGACCAUUGUAUUUGACAAACGCAAACGAAAACGAAGGAAGUUGUAUUCAAAGCGAGAAUAUUUCCCAAUAAACGUCACGCCAAUUGACCACAGAUUUUGUUGAAUUUAUAUUCCCUAUAUUUGUCACAACUAUUGAAUAUCUCCAGAAUACAAUUGCCCUUGAACCAUCAAUCACCUCUGCAUGCAUAUAUUCAUAAUAAUACAGCAAACUUGAGGUCUGUUAUUGCGACCGAAAUAUGACACGCUAUGCAUAUGAGGAAUUCUGUGACUGUAUUUUGUAUAUACAUAAACAAGUUAUGUUACAACAAAACAUAUA